AGCCCCUGAGUUGAGAAUGGCCAAGUGGCUGAGGUGCAGACGAGGCUAAAUUGGUGGCGGUUCGUUCCUCGUGAAAAAUGGCUUCCUCCGACUUUGUGACGGAGGUGGAGGUCCAGCCAGAGAUACAGGAGGUUGAGAUCGAAGCUAUACCGGUGGACGUGCCAGUGGAAACGAUAGAGACCUAUGACGGACAGCCGAUAAUAGCGCUCCAACAGUUGCCCGAACCAGGACGCGAGGAAAUUAUAUUCCAAACCCAGGAAGAAGUUGUUGGUGAGCAGGAAAUCCCCUAUGAAAUCCCCGUGCCCGUGGAACAUGAUGUGUGUGUCGAGUCCUCGCCAGGUCCCUCGAAGAAGAACCAGAGAAAAGGACAGAAGAGGAGACGAGAUAUGGACGAGUUCACGUCGGUCUCCGUGGGACAUAAAUGGGAACAGAAACAAGUCCAGAUCAAGACCCUCGAGGGAGAAUUUUCCGUGACGAUGUGGUCUUCGGGUGUAGACGAAGAUGACCUUAGUAACCCAGAGCCAGAUCCAGAUUACACAGAGUACAUGGCAGGGUCGAAUAAGAAGCUGGCGGGGAUACCUGGCGUUGACCUCUCAGACCCUAAGCAACUUGCCGAAUUUGCCAAGAUAAAGCCAAAGAAAUCUAGUAGCGACGACAUUGCAAGAACUAUCGCAUGUCCGCAUAAGGGUUGCAACAAAAUGUUUCGUGAUAAUUCAGCAAUGCGUAAACAUCUACAUACACAUGGUCCAAGAGUGCAUGUAUGUGCAGAGUGUGGGAAAGCCUUUGUGGAAUCUUCUAAACUUAAAAGACAUCAGCUGGUGCACACAGGAGAGAAACCGUUUCAGGUAAUCAUGAGAUGUAAGAUAUGAAGGUUCAUUUUGACAAAUAUAGAAGAAAAGUACAGGAAUUAGAAUGAAAUGAAUAAAAUCCUUUUUUUUUGCUCUGAAGUUCUUCUCAGGAGGAUUAGAUUGAAAAGUAUUUUUUUAAAAUGUAUAUAUAUAUAUAUUUGAUCUUGGAUCUGUUUCAGAAAUAAUAUGCGAGGAGCACCAAGUACAACACCCCAAUAUGAAACCGAUUACAACUCGACGCAACAGUAUGUUCAGGUGGAGAUGCCGUCGCCAGAUGACCAACAGUUUGUUAUCUAUUCAAGCUAAAUAUUAUCCAAGUUUUAGUGGUAUUGACUAGAGACAAAAUGUUUGGUGUUACACCAGUGUAUUUUUUAUGCCAAUAACAUUUCCUGGAGUUGCCGGUGGUUGCUGACUAGAAAACAUACCAUACCUAUUUAGGUGUACAUUUUGAACAUGUGGAAAGAGAUGUUAUAUUUAAGAAGUGCUUUAUGAUGAGAUGUGUAUGAUAUACGUAUUUGGAGACAACUCAUUCUUCACAAUGAGAGUGAUUUAAUAAAGAAUUAACCAAGA